AUGGGUCUGAUGACCAUAUUAAGGAAAUUAAAGCAGAAGGAACGAGAGAUUCGAGUCCUUAUUCUUGGAUUAGACAAUGCUGGUAAGACAACCGUAGUCAAAAAGUUCAAUGGUGAGGAUAUAUCCACAAUCGCACCUACCCUGGGGUUCAGUAUUCAUACGUUGGAGUAUAUGGGCUACAGAUUAAAUGCUUGGGAUGUAGGCGGUCAGCAUUCCUUACGCUCUUACUGGCGUAAUUACUUCGAAACCACGGAUGGCCUCAUUUGGGUCGUCGACAGUUCCGAUAGGUUGCGGUUAGACGACUGUCGUGAAGAGUUGGGCAAAUUGCUAGUCGAAGAACGAUUGAUUGGAGCUACCCUCCUCGUACUGGCAAAUAAGCAGGACCUACAGGGUGCGUUAAGACCUGCUGAAAUCGCUGAAGCGCUCGCUCUUAGGGAUAUUACAACACAUCAUUGGAGUAUCUACGGCUGUAGUGCUGUAACAGGGGAAAACCUUCUGGACAGCGUGGCAUGGCUCAUCAAAGACGUGUCUUCUCGCAUUUUUUCUGCUGAAUAA